UCCGUAUGUGGUUUGUAGUGGAAUCUCUAAAAAGACUUGCAUUUAGGAACGGAGGGAGUAUUAUUGUUGUUCCAGACUUGAGAUCCAGCCAGCUUGCAUUUGAUUGUGGAAGUCUUAUUUACCUGCAGAGCGACCGAGCCAACUACAGUUCUUAUUCACCUGGCAUCGCAGCAGGUAAUCUUAUUUACCUACAGACUGUUCAACUAUCGCUGUCUCCAUUAUCAGCUUAACAUCUCACUCCUAUAAGAAACAAUCAUCAGUGCUGAACUGGGUGAUUAGUUGAUCUCUGCUGAUUGGUUCAGCACCUGCAGGCAACCCAAGAGAGUGUUAUUUUAAGUCACUAACCACCCAUAAAACGCAACAGAUAUGGAAGGACGACACCGCCAUCCAUGAAAAAUAAGUGAGCACCUCCUGUGAAGAAACAAUUUCGAGGCCAGCCACCUUAAUAAGAGAACAAAUGACCAAUCCUUCAGUGCAGCAUCAUAUUAUAUACUACUCGUGCAGUGCUACCGGUAGGUGUUGCUUUCUCUGUUAAAAAUGUAACCAACUCAUCAACCAUAAAAUAGACACAACUUGCCUCACUGCUCAGCCUUACUUGGUUGUCCUCUGUCCAUCUGCACCAGCUAGUCUUGUUCCCUUUUCUUGGUGUGCUAUCUCCGGCGACUCCGUUCUUCAUCGCGGCUGAACAAGAAGUGGUUGUCGAUUUCUGUCAAGUUCAGAUCGAGCCAGCUUGCAUUUUGUUGCCGAAAUCUUGGGUGCGUUGUUGGCCGGGGGAUCACGAUCUGUGGUGCGCCGCUCUCCUGUCCCGCAGAUUGACCGAGCCAACUACAGUUCUUAUUAUUUAUCUCGCAUCGUAGCAGCGAUGGGCUAGUCGGCUGUGGGCAUCCAGGAGCUGGUGGCCUUCGAGUGGGUGUGCCAGAACCAAUUCACCUGCUCAUCCUUGGUAAAAGAGUUGACUUUUGAAAGAUGUAAACGACGAAUACAUGGAACAGGUCCAGACCGCUCAAAUCAAAGAUCGAGCGACUGUGAUGGAGGCCGUGCUGAGCGCCUCCCGGGGAGCCGUGCAGAUCCUGUUGGGGAAGCUUGGCAACGUCCUUGCCACCAAAUAUGCGCUUCUCGGCGGUGUUCGUGGGGAGAUCCAGGAGCUCAAGGAUGAGCUCGAGAGCAUGACCUCGUGUCUCCGCGACCUCGCGGAUGACGAUGAUCACAACGAACAAACCAGGAUUUGGAUGAAACAAGUGAGGGAGGUCGCGUUCGAUGUGGAGGACUGUGUGGACAGGUUCUGGCAUCACCUCAGCGAGAAUCAUGGAGACCGUCAAGGACUCCUGGAAUACCUCCAUAGGAUGUUCAACAUGGUGCGAACAUUGAGGGUGCGGCACAAGAUGGCUACCGAUAUCCAGGGCCUCAAAUCUCGUGCCCAGAAAGUGAGUGAUCGGAGGCUCAGGUACACAUACACUCUAGGUGACUCUGCUGGACGGUCGGGCAGAGCGCUUGAUACUUACAGCCACCUCGACAACCUGGACCGCUGGCUGCCUGCAAUCCAUGAUGACGGGUCUGGGCUAGUCGUCGGGAUGGGCAACAUGACUGAUGCCGUGGUUGGGCUGCUCAACGGGCAACGCCAGGCGGCUGUGAGUCCCCGAGUGCUGUCCAUAGUGGGGUUUGGUGGUCUCGGCAAGACCACCCUGGCGAUGACUGUCUACAACACCCCAGAGUUGGGAGGUAUCCAGUGCCGCGCUUUCAUUCCGGUGUCCCAGACAUACGACCUCCAUUCUCUUCUUGAGUCCAUGCUGAAGCAGAUUUCGGCUUCAGCUGACAAAGAUAAAAAUGAUGAUCCCCUCAAGAACAUUAAAGACUGGAAAAUAAGCAAACUAGUUGACAGCAUCAAACAAUGUUUGAAGUGA